UUCUGAAUGCCUCGUCGUAGUCGACCAGUUUCUCGACUGCCCCCUCGUCGAAAUCGUCCUUCAACCACUCCACCACAAGUUAUCGCAAAGGUUUCGCCCAAGAGGGUGCGGGAUACAACUGAGAUCCGCAAGUCAACAGGGAAAACACGCAAUGCAGACGAGAUCAUACAGAAUUCUCAGGCCUCAUCGUCUGAAGAUGAUGACUCGGAGGAGCAAGACACUGAUCCAGAGGAUGAGUCAAGGGGGAGCAAUCCCGAGGAUGAAUCCGAAAAUGAUAUAGAAGAUGCUGAUGCGCCAAGAGCCGCGCAAUGGGUUGACGACGAGUGGGAGGAUGCCAUGGCCCUGCCCGGACCUUCUAAACUAAGGAAAGAAAUCCAAGAUAGCAAGUGUGCACUCUGUCAGCGAUUCGCUCUGAAUAACCGACUUGCUUUAGAUAUGUCUUUACUCUCCAUGGGAUCCCUCCGGACAGCACAACGCGCUUUGGUACAGGUAGAAACAAUUUCUGACUCUGACUCCGAUGAAGACGGGGAAGUAGAAUCAGCAUUCAAGACUCUUGCAAGUAAGGGGAAGGGGAGGAAGCAAUCCGACCAUGAGAGGCCUAAAUCUGCACCCCGGCAAAAUAAACACGCUCCCAUGGAAAUGACCUCUAAGAAACCAGUAACUCGGAGACGCACUGUCGUCGAAGUGAAAACAGUUCAACCACGGGACCCAAGAUUUUUACCUCUAUCAGGCGAAUUCUCAGAAGAGAAAUACCGUCACAAUUACGCGUUUCUAACUACAGCACACAAAACCGAAUUUCAGAUUCUACGAGAAAACUUGAAGCGCUCCAGGAAGCUCUUGGCGUCGUCACCUAAACAUCUUCGCUCGGACAGGGAAAAUGAGGUAGAAAAGCUGGAAUUGGCGGUCAAGAGAGCCGAAAGCGCCAUUAGUAAAGACAGGCGAGAAGAAGUGGAGCGAGGAGCCCUCGAUAAGCUGAGGAAGGAGGAGAAGGAGAAGCAGGCACAGGGUAAAGGAUCCUGGUGGAUGAAAGAAGCUGACAAGAAGAAAUUAUUGAUGCGUGCGAGAUAUGAUGCACUGGCCCAAAGCGGCGGAGAGCGUGCAGUUAAAAAGGCGAUUGAAAAGAAACAGAAGAAAAUUGGGCAAAGAGAAAAGAAAUCUAGGCCAUUCAGGGAAAAGCGCGGGGCGUCAAGCGAGGCUGUGGGAAGGCCUAACAAACGGCCAAGACUAGGCUAGCGUGGGAAUGUCUAAACUUAGGCCAUCAUGAAUUUAUUCCGUGUCUGUUUUUUUG